CAGCUGAAGUUGGCCGUGACUAGCUCGAAUAACUCUUUGUAGAAGUCCUCCUAACCCUUCUUUGUUCUACUUAUUCUAUUUGAUUCAUUACUUUCUUUUUGUUCUUGGAGUUGUGCUGUUCAGCUCUUUUGAAACUGAAUUUAGCAGUAUGGGAAACCCACUUCAUCUCAAGUCUUUGAACCACAUCUCACUUCUGUGUAAAUCACUUGAGGAAUCCAUUGAUUUCUAUGAGGAUGUUCUUGGUUUCGUGCCGAUAAGGAGGCCAGGAUCUUUUAACUUUGAUGGGGCAUGGUUAUUUGGUUAUGGAAUUGGAAUUCAUCUAUUGCAGUCGGAAAAUCCAGAAAAGAUGCAGAAGAAAGGUAAAAUUAAUCCCAAGGACAAUCAUAUCUCUUUCCAGUGUGAGAGUAUGGCAGCUGUGGAGAAGAAGUUGAAAGACAUGGGAAUUCAGCACGUUCGAGCUUUAGUGGAGGAAGGUGGGAUCCAAGUUGAACAGCUGUUCUUCCAUGACCCUGAUGGAUUUAUGAUUGAGAUUUGCGAUUGUGAUAACCUCCCAGUGAUCCCUUUGGCUGGCGAAAUCGCACAAUCAUGUUCUUACUUGAACCUCGAAAGGAUGCAGCAGCAGAUGCAGCCAAUGGUGCAGCAGGAGAGAGCAAUCUAGUUGCUGCCAUGUUAUCAAUCAAUUGCACGAAGCUUCUGGGUCUGCGGUCUCUGUUCCGUGCACUUUUUUAUAACUUAUUUUCGUUGGUUAGUGACUAGUUCCUGCACAUAAAAUAAAACAAAGCAUAUGAGAUCCCAUGUGGAGAUGAUCAUCUUGUUUCACUCUACUUAAAUAACAAGAGAAUCUAGCGAACUUUCUUGUAUACAAUUGUAUUAAUCUUCCAGAUUGGAUCUGUUGCGGAA